UGGAGAUUCGUCCUGUAGUUGUAGUUGAGUUGCGGAGUUCAUAUGGACUCCAUUAGCCGGUUGUUGAUGACAAUGUUACAAGAAUGCGAUAUUUAUUAGCUUUAUACUCUCGAAUGACAUUCUACCUUCAAAUCAAAUGACAAAACAUAGGAGCCUGUGCAUAACGGUAGCUUGCACCCAAAAUGAAUGGUGCUAAAAGCUCAAAGCACGCCUUUUAGACACAUCGAUAAGUUAAACCAGCUUCUCAGAAUGCUUCUCAUAAAACUGGUGGAGACACCUGAGCAACUAGUAUAUUCCAAUUCCACAACACCCAGUUUCAAAGCGCAGUGGGAAACCUACAGUCGCCUUCGUUUCAGACGAACUCAUUCGAUAACAGUAUAGCGUGUAUGCUGUGAGUCGGAGGGCGAUGAACGAAAGGGGAACCAUCCAAAGGCCCGUGUGCUGUGUAUAGACGCGCGCUUAGCGCUUGAGUUUCCGCUCCUCUCAGCGGUAAUCCUAAGGCAUUUGACUGGAUGGCGAUGGUGUAUCGACCUCAUGCUCUUGUUCUCCCACACCUUCGUCGUCUUGUGCAUUGAUAUCACCAGUUCUAUCGCGCAAUAAUCGCCAUACGCGAAAACCCGGUCUUAAGCGUCUCCGAAGCUGCUUUCCACCAUGAAUAGGCCAGGUCCUGGCCAACAGCCGUUGCGAGGGAUGUCCGGCUUCCCCGCCCAGCAACAGCAACAGCCCCAAACACGACCAACAAAUCCAUCAUUAGUAUCUACGCGCCUCCCAAAUGGUAAAAUCGGAACUGCGGCCAACUGGGGAUUUGGGUUGCCAAUGGGGGGUGCGCCUGGGUUACAAAGUAACCAGCAAAGGACUGUGAAUGCUAUGAACAGCUUUGCACAAAGCAUAAGUGGAUCUCAACCAGCAACACCAUUAGAUCUCUCCGAAUUUCCCUCUCUCUCCAGUGUUCCGCAACAAUCUCAACCUUCCGCUUCUGGGCAAGUUACUUGGGCCAACGCCAGCCAGCGAGUAAAUCAGCAAAGUGCCAUUCAAAGACAAUCCCAAACGCCUGCGACAUCCCAACCGCCGUCCCGAGUUUCGCAAACCCAAGCCCUGUCUCACCAACCUCCGUCACAAUCGCACGCUUCUCAUGAAGACCUCUUCCCCUCCGCGACACAAUUUGCAGCGCAGCUAGACGACUUCAGGAAUGGAGGCCAAGGCAUAAGUGGUCAGCUUUCAGGAGGAACUCAACCUCAAACGGGAAAUAUUGACGAAUUUCCACCAUUAGGGAGAAAUGGGCCAGCGGACAUUGGCCAGGAAAGACGAGCAAGCCUUCUUCAAUCCGGAGCCUUUGGUAACUACGGCGGCGGGAUGGCCUUUCCUAAUCUCAACCAGAGCCAUUCUGGGCAGGGUCGUACCUUACUUGGAAAUAUGGUCAAUGGACAGCAGGAUGGCAGGAUCAUGUCGCCAGGAGCAGGCGGGUCGGGCGUUAUGUCGACAUCUAGAUCACCUAUGGGCCAGGUCCAGAAUGGUGGACUUUCCCAGGAGAAAGAUGAUCUCGGGGCUUCAUCUAUGCAACGAACUAUUCGACCUGAGGCAUACCCAGAGCAGCAAAGCCAACCAAUCAUGCAACAGCCACCUCAAAAUCGUCAGCAAAAAUCUGGCAAUUUUGGGGACGAGGGCCAAGAACAGUCACAGCAAGGCCAAUCUUCUGAGCAAGCCCCGCUCACCCAGUUGUCUGAUCGAGAUAGGUUCGGGCUUCAAGGACUACUGAGUAUGAUACGCAGCGAAAAUCCAGAUGUCGCUACUCUUGCGGUCGGUCAAGAUUUAAUGACCCUUGGGUUAGAUCUAAAUCAACCAGAGCCUCUUCAUCCGUCGUUUGCUUCUCCUUUUAUUUCGUCAAAUGCAGCCGUACCACUCCAAGUGGACUUCACAUUACCAGCUUGCUAUAACGUUGCAAAUGUCCAACCACUGCAGACCCGUAUCCCUAGCUUCAGCGACGAAACACUGUUCUAUAUAUUCUAUAGCAUGCCACGGGAUGUCAUGCAGGAACUUGUUGCAGAGGAACUGAUGAGCCGGAAAUGGAGAUACCACAAAGUGGAGCGCGCGUGGUUGACUAGGGAUGAAGCAUACAUUGUUGAGAUGGAACGAGGACUGAGCGAGCGUGGCAUCUACAUCUUCUGGGACACUACAACCUGGAAGAAAAUCAGGCGCGAAUUCGUUCUCCGAUACGCAGAUUUGGACAACCAUCUCGAUAGAAGGGGUUAUGCUCAAGGGGUUGCUUUCCCUCAAAAUACUUGAUGGGCACGUCACUCGACUCGAACCCUAUUUGUUCUUGAUGAAAUGGGCUCUCAAUGGUAAUGGGUUUCUGCGACAUUCGUCUUCAGAUGUCAAGCACAGCUGGCGCUUGGUUGGCAUGUUUAUGAUUAUUUAAGUAGGCGUAGCAGAACAGCAAAUGGGGAUAGAUAAUUGAAAGCUAUGGAAUCCAUUAUCUAUUUCCAUUCACAUUUUUGCCGUCCUUUUCCAAUUUCUCUUUUUAUUAUUUUUUCCCCCAAUUACCAGAGCCCUUCCACGUCGACCUUCGUUUUUAUGCUCUUCCUUUUUUCCCCUGCCACUCUUAACCACAGAACCGUGGUCUAGUUCUACAACUUGCUUUUUGUCCUGCUGCUGCUCUUUUCUAGCAUGAAGGAGUUCUGUUUAAUAAUAGUGUCUUGCUGCGAUUUUUCAUCUUUAAUUUUGAGGGGCUUGAUGAAUGGAGAGGAGAAUCUGAGCAUGUUAAAAGAGUGAUAUGCUAGUUUCCUUGCUACCUACCUAGCUCGUGAUGGGUUAUAUAGCUGACCCGUAUCAUCCAUAGUGUAGGGCCAGCUCAUUGUAUUUUUUGUUAGCAGCAUUUUGCAGGAUGAGUACAUAUAGGGCGUCAUUUUGCUUUUUAUCUAUUUGCUCCUUUCCUCUAUCGAUUAUUAGCUGUGGAGAGGGCUUUGCUGGCCAUACAUGCAAAGUAUACAGUUAACUAAACAAUAUCCUGCGUUCUCAUGCAUUUAUUUGAUAACGGUUUAGUUAUAACCAUAAAGCUCUCUCUCCCUGUGGAACACGACCGACCCCUUCUACCACCACCUCCACCACCCCUCGAAGACAAAAUACAACAACCCACUCACAACCUCUCCACCUCAGGAUCCGUAUUAACCUUAUCAUGUUCCCCCACAACACAAACCUCCCCAGUAUCCACCCUACUAAUCUCCGAUCUAACCAACGCCAUCCGCUUCCCCGCAUGCACCAGCUCAUUCACAAUCCGCACCUCCACCCCCAUCGGCGCCGGCCGCACGAACUUGACAUUCAACGUUCGCGAGACGCCUCCCUGGGAGAAGUAGCCGGGCUUAGAGAGGGCGAUUAGAAACCCGGUUGAUGUCACGUCGAUUAAGGUGGUGGCGCAGCCGCCGUGGAGGGCGCCGGUUUUGUUGCAGAAGGGUUCGGUGACUGUUAGGAGGAAGGAGACGCGCGGGCGCGGGCUGUGGGAGGCGGACUCGUAUCGGACGUGGUUGCGGAAGAGGUCGUGAUUGUAGCCCUGGGUUAGUUUUUUUUUAUUUUAUUUUUGAGUGUUCGUUUCUUUUUAUUUUUUUUUUAUGUAUUAUGUAUUUUGUCUGCUUGAUAUUACAUUCUGUACAAAUUGUGUACGGGUUUUUUGGGAGGUAAAAAAACAGAGGCAUAUUUGGUAGGGAAACGUUAAGAGGAAG